UUGAAUCCGGAAGACAAAGAGCCGUCCUCAAUGGUCGGCUUGUCGUGCUCAAGUGGAAAGUGGAAGCCGCAAGAGUCCGAUCUACUUUUGGCCGACAAGCGCUUUCCAAAGCAGGGAACCGGCCGGCGCGGCGGACCUUUUGGUGAGGCGUCGAAGUGAAACGCUUCCUCCUCUUUCUCCUCAGCUAACCUCGCUAGCCGCCGAGCUAACGUGCCGCCAGCUAGUUGGUCGCACCGCGGCGGAGGGAGCUCCUCGUCGGCGGCGCACGAAGUGGCCGAAUUUGCCGGGUCCGUCGAAGACGAAGCCCAUCCGCGCACAGCGCAAUCAUGGUGCUGACCGGAAAGCGUUCCGAGAAAGGUCCCGCCCGCUGGAAGAGGAGAGUCAAGUCCGAGUACAUGAGGCUGCGCCAACUCAAGCGCUUCAGGCGGGCCGACGAGGUCAAGAGCAUGUUCAACAGCAACCGCCAGAAAAUUCUGGAGCGCACCGACAUCUUGAACCAGGAGUGGAAGACGCGGCGCAUCCAGCCCGUGCACAUCAUGUCGUCCGUGGGCUCGCUCAGGGGCACGCGAGAGUGCACGGUGGACAGCGGCUUCUCCGAGUUCCCCCGCCAGGUCAUCCCCCUGAAGACCCUCAACGCCGUGGCCUCCAUCCCCGUCAUGUACUCUUGGUCGCCGCUGCAGCAGAACUUCAUGGUGGAGGAUGAGACGGUGCUCUAUAACAUUCCCUAUAUGGGAGAUGAGAUCCUGGACCAGGAUGGCACUUUCAUCGAGGAGCUCAUCAAGAACUACGAUGGAAAAGUCCACGGAGACAGAGAGUGCGGCUUCAUCAAUGACGAGAUCUUCGUGGAGUUGGUCGGCUCGCUGGCGCAGUACAGCGACAACGAGGAAGAUGAGGAGGAAGAGCACGACUUUAAGAUGGAGAAAAUGGAUGUAACGUGCGUCGGGCAGGACCACCCGGAUGACGCGCGCAACCUCAUCGAGGGACGAGACGACGACGACUGCGCCAAGAGGUUUCCCUCUGACAAGAUCUUUGAAGCCAUCUCGGCCAUGUUCCCUGACAAAGGUUCCACUGAGGAGCUGAAGGAGAAGUACAAGGAGUUAACUCAGCAGCAGCUUCCUGGCGCCUUGCCGCCCGAAUGUACGCCCAACAUCGACGGUCCAAACGCUCGCUCGGUGCAGCGUGAGCAGAGCCUGCACUCGUUCCACACGCUCUUCUGCAGACGCUGCUUCAAAUACGACUGCUUCCUUCACCCGUUCCACGCCACGCCCAACACGUACAAACGCAAGAACCUGGAGAACCUGGAGGACAGCAAGCCCUGUGGCAUGGACUGUUAUAUGUAUCUACUGCAGGACGCCGCCGUGGCGGAGCGCGCCAAGACGCCCUCCAAGCGCUCGACGUGGCGGCGCCGCGGACGUCUGCCCAACGGCGGCAGCCGACCCGGAACGCCCACCGCCUUCUCCUCGGAGACCAAAGACACGGACAGCGAACGCGAGAGCAUCAAAGACGACGACAGAGAUAACGACGAUGACAAGAAGGACGACAACAGCGGCAGCAGCUCAGAGGGAAACUCUCGCUGUCAGACGCCCGUCAAGCUGAAGCUGCAACUUCCCGCCGAGGCGCUGGAGUGGAGCGGCGCAGAUGCGUCGCUCUUCCGCGUUCUCAUCGGGACGUACUACGACAACUACUGCGCCAUCGCGCGACUCAUCGGAACCAAGACGUGCCGACAGACAUUUUGUCAGGUGUACGAGUUCCGGGUGAAAGAGUCGAGCAUCAUCGCACGCGCUCCCGCCGAGGAUGAGGACACGCCCCCCAGGAAGAAGAAGAGGAAGCACCGACUUUGGGCUACACACUGCAGGAAGAUCCAGCUCAAGAAAGAUGGCUCGUCCAAUCACGUGUACAACUACCAGCCGUGUGACCACCCCAGACAGCCCUGCGACUCGUCUUGUCCGUGCGUCACCGCCCAGAACUUCUGCGAGAAAUUCUGCCAGUGCAGCUCGGAGUGCCAGAACCGUUUCCCGGGCUGCCGCUGCAAAGCUCAAUGCAACACCAAGCAGUGUCCGUGCUACCUGGCCGUCAGGGAGUGCGACCCCGACCUUUGCCUCACCUGCGGCGCCGCCGACCACUGGGACAGCAAGAACGUCUCCUGCAAGAACUGCUCCAUACAGAGGGGCGCCAAGAAGCACCUCCUCCUGGCGCCGUCCGACGUGGCGGGAUGGGGCAUCUUCAUCAAGGAGCCGGUCCAGAAGAACGAGUUCAUCUCGGAAUACUGCGGCGAGAUCAUCUCCCAGGAUGAAGCGGACCGCCGAGGCAAAGUGUACGACAAAUACAUGUGCAGCUUCCUUUUCAACCUCAACAACGACUUUGUAGUUGAUGCCACCCGCAAAGGCAACAAGAUCCGAUUCGCCAACCACUCCGUCAACCCAAACUGCUACGCCAAAGUGAUGAUGGUGAACGGCGACCACAGGAUCGGCAUCUUCGCCAAGCGCGCCAUUCAGACGGGGGAAGAGCUCUUCUUCGACUACAGGUACAGUCAAGCGGAUGCUCUCAAGUACGUGGGCAUCGAGCGCGAGAUGGAGAUUGCCUGACGCCCGCGCCCGUUGUUGACUGUGAGCCUUGUGCCCGCAUGCACACACACACACACACACACACACACACCAUCUACCUUCAGGACAACUGUCAGCAUGUCAAAAAAAAAUAUUUCAAUCGUUUCUUUGUUUUGUUGAAGGUGAAAACGGACUUUUUUGUUCCAUUUUUGCCAAGUUUUGUGGAGUGAGGAGGCAAACACUGUCUUUUCACUUGAACCUUCAGGGACCAAAGUUGGCACCAGCAGGCUUCUUUAGUGAGCGCACGUGUGUGCGUUUCCACACUUGAACCUCGACAACUUUUCACCUUUUUUAUAUUCUGACGUCUAUGGCCAGCAAAUCAUAUUUUUGAUUUGAUCCUGACGUCUCGCGAUGCCUUCAGGCGUUGUAGGAGACGUCAAGUGACACCUUCAGGUGCUGUAGGACACGUCAUGCGAUGCCUUCAGACGCUGUAGGAGACGUCAAGUGAUUCCUUCAGUUGCUGUAGGACACGUGAAGUCAGCAAGAAGCCACCAGCAAAUUUUUUUUUUUUUUUUUUUUUUUUUUUUUUUUGCGCCACCGGCUUCCUGAAAGGUAAGAAAAAUGUGGAAUCUUCUUUUGAUCCACCCAAAGUCCAGCCCAGCAUUUAUUCCAUAUCCUACUAGUGCACUCAAAUGUCCAUGUACUAGUAUGAUCUUUGUCCUCACUUUUAGGGCAAUUGGGCACACUAGUAGAAUGACUGUCUUACUAGUUUUGUCCACUACUGUGUUGUCACACAGUCUGCGCACUUGUAGUCAGGCUAAAUUGUGCACUAGUGAUAGAAAAUUCUACUAGUUAGCAGUUAGUAGAACGAGUCGGUUGCAAAUGUCAACUUGUGCACAGUCACAUACCUACUAGUUGCGCUUAGCAGUCUUUCUAGUGUAGCACAGUUGUCUUUUAAUCAAGUUGAAUUGUGUGCUAUGAGGUGAAAAGUGCCACUAGUAGUGGGGGAUUAGUACGACACAGGGGUUCUACUAAUUAUGCUUAAUUUUCUUACUGGUGAGGACAAAAUUACUAGUAGGAUGUGGAAGAAAUGCUCAAAGAGGUUUGGUGUGAAAGGAGUUGUUGGGUUGUACCUGAGCGCUCCAAAUAAGUCACUGCCAGAGAUUCCGGAAUGCGGAAUGUUUUGUUUUUGGUGUGAAUGUUGGCGCCUGACGUCUGACCUCAUCCACUUCCUUCCUGCUGGAAUCACAAAACGAAACAAAACAAGAUCUACCAUCAGCAUGACUUGGCUGGCAGCUUUUUCCUGAUUGGAAGAGCUGCCGUGAGUGUUUGUGACGUGGCAGUCAGCUGGGAUGAUUAAACACCUGUUUACAUGUUUACAACAAAGGCGCUGCUCGUACGUUGCUGUCAACAAGGAGAGCCAAUCAGCAGCAACCACUCAGGCUCCGCUUUGGACUUUUUUUUCCUUCAUUUUCCCCACUCAACGUGGAAAAAAGAUGGUGCUGACUUUGUUUACAUUUUUGUUUCUAUGAAUGCACAAUA